AUGGUGUCGCAACAUGUUCUCGAGCUCUGUCAAGCCACCGAUUCAGUCAGCUCAGUCCUUGCGAGAACCCCCACAGAAGCGCCUGGAGACAUUGUCAAGCAGCUCUAUGGGCACUACAAAAAAGACGUGCACUAUGAACCAGAAGGAUAUGGACAUCGCUUUACCCCGUCUUCCCUUCAGUCGCUGAAGCUGGAGCUGGCCUUCAAUUGCGGUCGUUGGGGUCCAUCGCGUCCCAGUCCUCUCUUCCUACAAGCUUUUGCCGAUUCCCUGAACUGUUUAGAUGCAGAUCCCAUGUCUGGAGUGGUCUCCCCUCCAUUAAUUGGAUCUCAUGGAACAGUACCACUCACUGUCAUUGCACCGUUGGCAGACAUCAUCCGCCAUGUGUCAAACAUGAUUGUCCGCGCUGAGAAAGAGGUCUUCUUCAUCACAUGUUCGUGGUCCCCGAGUGUGGCACAAAGACUGGUCAGAGAUGCUCUGGUAGAGCUGUCGAGAAGAGCUGGGGAGAGGGGGGAGAGGGUGGUGGUGAAGAUGAUGUACGACAAGGCAUCGGCUUCGAAUGCAUUCGACGCCCAUCAAGCGGUGAAGCCGGAAGCAUAUUCAGGCAAGGCCAUUCUGUUGCCAAAGCCAGAAGAGAUACCCAAUCUAGAUUUCCAGGUCGUCAGUCUCCAUAGGCUGGUUUUAGGAACACUUCACGCCAAGUUCUGUGUCGUGGAUCGCAAACAAGCGGCCGUUAUGAGCAAUAACAUGGAAGACAAUGAUAACGUGGAGAUGAUGACCCAUUUGGAAGGGCCAAUCGUGGAUAGUAUCUACGACACGGCGUUGAUCACCUGGAAUAACCAUCUCGUCCCUACACUUCCUUCCCACAGCACGCCAGCAACUAAUGGUGGUCUUCCCACAUCCAAUACAGAGCCCAUCUACCUCGACCGAACACUCCCUCAAGGACAAGGCGAAAUAGCAGCCGAGGGACGGGUACAUGCAGAACGCCUUCCAGAGCACAUGCCAGGUGAUCCUCACUACGACACCACCAUCAACAGCGAAAUAAUCCGCAUGCAAGCCUGCUACUCCACCAAACCCCACGAAACUCACCUGCAAGCCAUAAACCGCCAACUCAACCUCGCAUGCAAAGACCCCAUUCCCCCCUCCGGCCCUGACAUCCCAGACGGCCAAGAAAUGACCCCCUACAUCACCAGCAUGACAUCCGCCCCCGUACCCAUGGCCCUAGUAUCCCGCCCCCCCUACGGCCCCCCCAACAGCAAAAACGUUUACGUCCCCCAGAACGAAGCCUGGCUCUCCCUAAUCCGCAACGCCACCCGCACAAUCUUCAUCCAAACCCCGGACCUCAACGCCGCGCCCCUGAUCCCCGCCCUAGCAGCCGCCCUGAAGCGUGGUAUCCAGGUCACCUACUACGUCUGCUUCGGCUACAACGACGCUGGCGAGAUAAUCCCCGGCCAAGGCGGCACCAACGACCAGGCCGCGCAGACCCUCGUGCGCUCCAUCUCCGCCGCUGAGCGCCAACGCCUGAAAACCUGCUACUAUGUCGGCAAGGACCAGGACCACCCCAUUCAUCAGUCCUUCAAGCAGCGCUCUUGCCAUAUCAAGCUCCUGAUUGUUGAUGAACAUGUGGGGAUUCAGGGUAGUGGCAAUCAGGAUACGCAGAGUUGGUACCAUAGCCAGGAAAUCAACGUCAUGCUUGAUAGCGCGGCCAUCUGCGCGCAGUGGAGAGAAGGUAUAGAACGGAAUCAGAAUACGAGUCGUUUUGGCGAGGCGGCUGAAGAUGGGAUUUGGAGGGAUGGGCAGGGCAGGCCGGGGACGGGGUAUAUGGGGGAUCCGGGGAAGAUGGAGGGGUUGAUUAAGGGGGUUAAGGGGAUGUUAAAGAAGGUGCAGGAUAAAGGGGGUUUCUAA